AUGAACCAGCGCGGCGGCAGGCGCGUCUUAGCACCACUAAAACGGACAUUCUCCGACUCCGUCAACGCAGCGGAGCCAACCCCAGAUGUAACGGAGGUCACAAAAAAGCUGCGGAGCUAUAGAGAUUUUGUCAAUCGAACCGUCUUCACAAUUGUCAUGGCCUACGUCUUUCUCGUGCUCAUUUCGUUGGGGGUAGUGGUGGUUAUUCCGUUGGUCAUUGCUCUGCUCUGCACCAUGUUCUACGAGAUCACCCGAAUAAACCAGCGUGUGCGGAAGGACCGCCAACUUACGUCGAUCCUGCUUUUGAAGAUUUGGUUUCUUGGAUCUACCAUAUUCUUGGUGACGAUUCACAGUGUCCGUGAUCCCAUGUUGGCAACAUUUCCAUGUCUUGCGAAGUGGUACGCCAACUUUGGCAUGUUUGCAUUUGGUUUCCCUAUGAUUGGUAUAGUGGGGUUUGUACUAAGCCUGCGGAAGGGCAUGUACCGCUACCAGUUUAUACAGUUUACAUGGAUUGUGAUGACCUUGCUAUUCAUUGUCAUACAGGGCGGUAUUCAAAUAAAAAACAUGAUGCGCGGCAUGAUUUGGUUUCUGCUUCCCGUAAGCUGCGUCGUGAACAACGACAUUUGGGCCUACGCCUUCGGUAAACUCUUCGGGCGAACGAUGCUUUUGGCUCUGUCGCCCAAAAAGACCGUGGAAGGGUUUUUGGGCGCCUUUGUCUUUACAAUGGCGUGGGCGUUUUGGUUUGCCGGGUUUCUUGGCUACUUCCCGGAGCUCUACUGCCCAAAGGUGGACUUUCACUCGCCGAUGCAUUGCGUGAAGGAUCCGUUGUUUGUGCAACGGACGGUCGUUUUGCAACCGUUCAUUCAGAAGGCGACGGGAAACUACUUCACGACCUUCCAGUGCUCCAAGGCUCAGCAGCACGCCCUUGUGCUGGCGGCGUUUGCGUCCUUGAUGGCUCCCUUCGGUGGUUUUUUUGCCAGCGGGCUAAAGCGGGCAUUUAAACUAAAGGAUUUCGGUGACCUUAUUCCUGGCCACGGCGGCAUUACAGACCGUAUGGACUGCCAGGGAAUGAUGGGGGUUUUCACCUAUGUCUACCUAAUGAGUUACGUAUAUUCUGAUGCAAAGUGCCCCUCCUUGCAUGACUUGAGCAGUUGCGUGCUGCGGUUAAGUGAUGAUGGGAAGUUACGACUGUUACACCUGUUAAAUGAAUCGCUAUCAGGGAGUGUGUAA